UCAUGCUUUCUGGUUAACGCAGAACUUAACCGUAGACGCUACGCAGGCAAAGUUCAACGCAGAGAGCACCCCCACUCGGUAUAGCUCUCUGGAGCCAUCAUCUGCAGAAAGCGAAGCUACAGAAGCUUUCCCUCAAUUCAUUACCCCGUGCACUCUCUCGGAGGUGGAGAAGACAAAGAGUUGAGGAUUUUUUUUCUGUUCUUUUCCCCGUAAAGUUUCGUGCUUUCUGUAGUUUUUCCGCUUCUGGCUUCAAGAACCCCGAGAUCUCUGCGCUUCUAUGCCCUCCAACGCGCGGCGAUGUCGUGGGGGUUCCUGGGUUGCAGCCGGGUGAUGCUUUGCGAAAGUGGGUUUCGUGUAAUGUAGCUCGAGUUUCGAUUAGAGCGAUCAAAUGGGUGCUCCGGCUCGGAGCUGAAAAAGGCCGCUUCUUUGAGCCGUUUCGGAAAGAGGGUGCGAGAGAGAAGAGAGGGGGAGACUUUCGUCUUCGUCGUAGCCAUCAAUGCUUUUGUGGAAAUGGACUCUAAUAAGAGCGCGUCGACGGUAAAUGAACAUGCGAACAGCUCGGCAUCGGAUAAGAGGGGGAAGUAUCGUAUCAUGGCGGAAAUCAAGCGUCUCGAGCAAGAUUCCAAGUUCUUGGAGGAGGAGUUGGAAGAACUUGAAAGAUUAGAAGAUGCCUCAUCCAUUUGCAAGGAAUUGCUGCUUUAUGUGGAGACGAAGCCAGAUGCGUUGCUCCCAGUGACUACUGGCCCAGCAAACCCGUCAUGGAAUAGAUGGUUUGAGGGGUUUCAAGAUUCGGAAGGCUGCAGAUGCCAGAUAAUGUGAUGGAUCUGAUCCUGCCACGUAUUGAAUUUUCCAUUUCCCAGAGUCAGUAUAAGAUUGUGAUGAAAUAGGGCUCGCGAUAGCAUACGCAACGAAGCACGUGCUGAUGCCACAAUAAAGAUGUUACUGUUGAUUGUAGCCAAUGCGCAAGCAGGCUUUUUUGUGCCGCUGAGACUUAAUGAGAGAUUGUUACCUUGACUCAAAAGCGUGCCAGCCAAGGCGACCGUGCUGAGGAGGGGAGUUAGAUGAAUCCUGGAUGGUCUGGGCCAUCUUGGCGACUUGUAGAAGUGUUUCUAGGCAAAUUGUAUUGCAUAUUGUGUCACUUUUAUGUGCAGUGUAGAUUUCAGUGAAUGCAGUUCUAAAGUUGACGUGCC